GCCAUACAUACAUAGCGGAGAAAACGACGCGCCCACCCUUGCAUCAAGUUCAACUUCGCGCUCUUACAAACUUCAUUCACUUUUGACCCUUCACAUCUUCUACCGCCUCCUCUGCCACUUUAUCUCCAUCUUACAACGUUUUGCUCGAGAUAACCCCACGGCUAUUUUGGAAGCAUAUCUACCUGAAUUCUAAGCGAAUAUUCCCCUUUGCAGUUGAUUAGAUCCCUACGUCCGUCCCCGUUUGCCCCGUUUGCCAGUAUCGCAUACUCGUCAUCCGUUACAAGGCUUCAGACAUCACCAAGUCACAAUGGCGAAAGAACACGCCACCGAAUUUGAAAAGAUCAUUAAUGCUGGCCGAGAGCGCAAGAAGAACGAAGCUCUUGCCGCGCGUAUCUUCAAGAAGAAAGACGGCCAAAGACGGGCGAGCGCACCCACUGCUGGUUCCCUUGCAAGCAGAGUCGGAGUGAAGAAGCGAGUAUCAUCGGUCGCGCGUCUCCCAGGUGGUGAUAUCAACGGUGAAUGGACUCACGAUCUUCACAAUGCGCCCAAGAACCCUAGGGCGCAACAAGACCCGAACUCGCUAGCAUCCCGAAUUCAUGCACCAGGUACUUCAGCACCCCGACCGAGAAACGCUCCGCGAAAUGCCCGGCCAAACCGCACAUCUCGGCUUGCCAAUGCCUAUGAGCGUACAACUUCCUCGCCCGCAACGGCGCAGCAGCAGUUGAACGUGCGUUCAGCACCCACGCAGCCCCCGGGACAAGGCAUAACGAUUCGAGGCCUUGCAGGACCAUUUGCUGUCAUGGCGCAAAACUUUGCGCCGGGGACCACCGCCGCUGAUAUAGAGAGCGCCAUGACUCCAGUCGGAGGCCUUGUAAGCAGCUGUCGACUAAUCAAGACGCAUCCUAUUGUGAUAGCCGAGAUAGUCUUCGAGAGCAAGGAGGGCGCGGACCGAGUAAUCCAAACCUUUAACAAUCAGACGGCGGACGGCAGAACGCUCCACGUAUACCUAAAGCCCGGUGGCACCUACCGCUCCACACCGCCUACCGGACCUCGCGCUCAGCGUGACCACGAGACUCGAUCAGCCGGCAAUAACGUCGUGGUUGAUGGAUUCAUGGGGUUUGAUGAAUGGAUGGAGACGGACUCGCUUGGUAGUGGUUACUCCAACGGUGGCAGCAACGGCGGCAACGGCGGCGGCCUAUACAGCGACACCAUGGUCCCCAAAAACCAAACUAACGGUGCCAGUGGCAACAAUAGUCGAAGGGGCAGAAACUUCCGAACCGGAAGGUAGGACCACGGAUCAGAAGCGGAUGUCGCUACGAAGGGCGACUAUUACCAAGAUAGUUAUAAUGAGUAUUCACCUAACCGCCAAUACCGGCGAUGGUGAGCCGAUGAAUCCUAGAAGAUGUAGCUCCAUUGCGGCGCGCGAGUAGGACUAUACUGCAGCCGACCACGAGAAUAGACUCCCUUGACGAGACAAGCAUUGAAGAAAUGGACGUCUCCAUUAGAGUCACGUUUUCGGAUACGACGCAAACUACGAAAGGGAAGACGAGAUAUCCCGAGACAGGGUACCGGACGUAUAGACAUGACGUAGGACGUCUUCGAGUUAUUCCUUUUUACCUACUUAGACAUGUACUAAUACAACAUACGCGUCUACAUUUUGCACCGUCAUUAAUGCUUUGGAUCCAAUGGAGAGACGAGAUGAGAUAUUCAUCUAGUUAAUAUUACCCCCUUUGCGGGUACCUAAUCGGCAGGCACCUAGGGGCUAUAGACGACCAGGCCACUUACAGGUUAGAUUAUGAAAUCAGGUUUAUGGACACGACUUGAUGCUACAACAUUAUCGUUUUAUAUUUUAUACGCCGCGUGGAUGGAAUUACGUAAUUACUAGCUAUACAGAUAAUUACUAAUAAUAAAUCAACAUUAUGUUACCUUAUUUUCUAGCCGUAAGGGAAAGCAACG